GAGUUUUGUCAAAUUUUCGUCUAAAAUUCUGAUAUUUUGGAUUCUCUGGGAUUCUUUUUGGGGGUUUUCUCAUCCUUUCGAUGAAUAAACCGUGUCCAGGACAAGGAAAACUCAAAAAGUUUUCCACUUUGAAGAAAAGGAUAAUCAGAGAAUGGAAUUUUCUUUAAAAUAAAAUUUCCAAAGAAACCAGAAAAUCUCAAAUGGAUAUCAAAACUGAACCGAAGGAUGCAGAAGAACCAGAAGAUCAAUUCCUGGAUCUGAGUAUUGUCAAGGAAGAAUAUGUCGUUCAAGAGGAGAAGCCAUUAAUCAGUGAAAUUGAUCUUAAACCACCUUUGGAAGCAUCCCAGGAGUGCCAGGAAAAUCAGCAUAGCCAGGAAAAGCAAAAAAGAGUCAAAUUUGUGAUAACAGAAGUCCACACGGGAAAGUACAGCUGCUCACUGUGCUGCAGUUCCUUUCAAAGGGCAAAGGAUCUCAAAAAACACAUUUCCACUCACACAAAUGAGAGGAAUUUCUCCUGCCCGCAGUGCCCAAAGGCAUUUGCCACCCCUGAGAGGCUUGAGAGUCACCGGAAAACCCACACAGAGGCAACACCCUUUGCCUGUACGCACUGCGAGAAGAGCUUCAAGAAUUUGCUGUACCUGAAAAAGCACCUUAAGACACAUGCCGAGAAGACACAGGAAUGCCCCAAAUGUGGGAAGAAAUUUAAAGAUGUGGAGUAUUUGAAGAAGCACACACGACGGCACACAGAUGGGAAGAGUUUUGAAUGUGAUAAAUGUGGGAAGUUGUUUAAGACGGUUAAGGCACGAUGGGAACACAACCAGAACUUCCACAUGGGCUACAGACUCUGCCCCAAAUGCCCCAUGAAGUUGGCAGAUGAAGCUGCGCUGCGUGAGCACGUGCAGAUGCAUGCGUCGGAGAAACCCCUUCAAUGCCAGGUGUGUCAGAAGACAUUCAAAUACGAAGCAAUGCUCCGGAAGCACAGCCGAAGGCACACAGAGACCUUCACAACGUGCCCCUACUGCCAAAAGGUUAAUGGGAGUCGUGCUGCCUUUAGGUGGCACAUGGCUAACUACCAUCGAGGGAUGCCAACGGAAAUCAAAGACGGACCAGUCUCCUGUAGAAUCUGCAAUGAAGUCUUUGAGACGUUGGAUCAGCUAAAGGAACACGUUGUUGCUCAUCCUAUUGAGAAGCUCUAUGAGUGUGCUUUCUGCGGGAAGAAAUUCAUCACAAAGAUUCGUGUAAAGGAGCACAUUCAGACUGUUCAUUACAGAAUCCCCCGAAUGAGCAACAUUACCCUCUUCGCGUGCACCGUGUGCGGUCAACAGUGCCAUGGAAGGACAAAUUUGCAAAUUCAUCAAUCAACCCACAGCACUGACAGGCCAUUCAAGUGCUCCCUCUGUGGGAAAACCUUCAAGAAUGAACCCUUCCUCAUGCGCCACAUGCGGGCAUUGCACAACGACGAAAGGCCCGUGUUUGAGUGUCGAAUCUGCGGGAUAAAGUUGAAGCAGAAGCGGAGUUUGCGGGAACAUGAGAGGAAGCAUGAAACCACGCCGGAUACAUUCACGUGCCCACAAUGCGGGGAAAUGUUCCGCGGGAAGCGAUUGCUGGAUGAACACAUGAAGGAGCAACAUGGGGAUCUUAUGUUCCCAUGCAAAAUCUGUGGGGUACGCCUAAAGCAUAAAAGGAGCAUGACGAAACAUGAGAAGAUGCACAUUAAGGAAAUUUCAAAAUUAGCUGAAAAUUCCAUUGGAAGUUCUUCAAAGUAGGGGACUCUGUGAUACGUGGCCGGAAGCUGAGAUGCAAUAUUUAGACUUUUAUUAUUUUUAAUUAAAUAAAUUUUAUGUUUAAAAUAUCCUUUUUGUGAUUUAGAAGGCAAAAUAAAUUUUGUGUGUGCACAUGUAUGUAGGGAGAACACAACAGAAACUCA